AUGGGCAAUCUUCAAAAAUAUGCCGAUCCUUUAUCAUACAUUUGGCAUCAAUCUCAAUUUCAACUUGCUAAAAAAAUUAUUCAACGAAUGACAGACAUUGGCAUAAUACCAGUUUUACCUGCUUUUACUGGUUUUAUGCCUCGAACAGUACUAUCAUACUUUCCAUCAGCAAAAUUUCAUUAUUCCUCAAAUUGGAAUGAUUUUGGUUGCAACGAAUCUUGUGAACUUGACUAUUUGACUGCUAUUAAUGCAGCUAUAAUUCAAAUUAUGCAAACACUUGAUCUAAAUGCUGUUUGGUAG